AUGGAGGAAGUAUCACAAAAUGUAGCAGUAUUUUCAGAUGAAAAUCAAAAGAUUACAUCAGAUGAAGAUGAAGUUUAUACACAUAUAGCAUUAUCAGAUGAAAUCUUACCGUCACCAAUCAAAGAAGAUGUUGAAGUAAGAUACUUAGCAAGCAUGCUUGAAGUUUCAAUUCUUGUAGAGACGAACGGAAGUCAAUUAAAAGGUAAUGGUGCAGGUUUUGUAAUUAUUGACAUGGAAAAAAGAAAGUGUCAUGUAGGUGGUCGGAAAUUAAGGCCUAAUGUGUUUUCAAAUUUUGCAAAACUGCGAGCGUUUGUGGAGGCAUUGGUCAUUUGUGCUGAAAAGAAGUGUUUAUUUGUUACUGAAUCAGAUUAUAUAAAUGCGAGUAUCAACUUAAAAAGAGUUAAUGAAUAG